AUGGGCCAGUUACCUCCAAAGUUCGUUGACGCAUCUCCUGGGACCGCUGGGCCGACAAAGGAACAACUCGAUGUGCACUACAAACGCAGUCGGCCCUGCGAUAUGGCCAGAGGACUUGGGGAUGUUAUGGCUACACUCCGUGGAAGCACUUACCACGGACUGAAGAAUAUCAGAAUUGACCCUGCCACACGACCGGACAUACCGGUAGCUGACUUCUUCGUUAAUGCACCCAAGAACGCCCGAAUGGAGUACAAGGCGCCCAUUGUUAUUGGCUGA